UUUCAUGCGUCCACGGUACUAUUUCAGCGGAUUCUAUUAGAAGUCCCAAGAUGGCGGCGGAUUCAAGGAAAGACUACUGCAAGCUGUUUGUGCGACAUCUCCCGAACGUUCUGUCAAAUGCAGAUAAAGAGGACUUUUUCAAGCAUUUCGGCGCUCGUAGCGUGAUAUGCAUGGGUCGAAGUGGCAAAAUGCGAGAUACAGCAUUUGUAGAGUUCCCAGAUGAUACAACAGCCUCUAAGGCAUUACGUAGGCUUCACCAGCUUGAAAUACUUGGUAGUGCCCUUGUGGUGAAGUAUGCGACCAAACAACAGGAGCAGACAGCGGCACAGCACUCUAAUAGAAUGUCACCCAAAAAGGAAGCAGCAUCAGAAAACAGCAAGGACCAGCAAGACGUGACGUCUGAAAUGGACAAGCAGAAUAGAAUUGAGCAUGGAAUAGCACCAAAAUUGGGGUUAAAGUAUCCUGGUAACCCCCACCUGACAUACCUCUAUCCGCCACCCACGGCAUCCAUUCUAACCAACAUUGCACACACUCUUGCAUGUGUCCCAAAGUUCUAUACACAGGUGUUGCAUUUGAUGAACAAGAUGAAUUUGCCAGCUCCAUUUGGGGAGGUCACCCCCACCCCGCCCAUAGUUGGUGCAACAGUGGCCCCACCCAGUAAUGCAGUCCCAGAUGAGGAUGUGUACCUUUCCAGUGAAGAGUCAGAGAUUGAGAGUGAUGAAGAGGAGAAGGAGCGCCGGUUAAAAGAGCAGUCCAUGUUUGGCAUGCAAGCCAAACCCAAACAGGAUCACGCAACAGCACGGAAACGCACAAAACUUCAACCUGCAAAAGUGCCAGAACCUAAGAAACGCAAAGCACCACCAAAGGAAUCCCAACCGUUUGAAGAAGCUUUUGAGACAUCCCAAGUCCCACAGCGCAAGAUUGCUUUCAACCUGACCGAUGCAAUUACAUCUAUUUUUGAGGCUGGUCCACCAUUUUCCGACACACAGGGUACUCCAGGGGAUAGCCAACAGGGCUCUGAAGGGUUUGGUGUGUUUGCUCCUUCCCAAAAGCAACCAGAAGAGAAAGAGGAGGGAGAAGUUGACGAACCACUUCUAGAGACCAACGAGUUUGUCUCUUCAAGGGAGUUAAAGGCAAAUAGAAUGAGUGAAAAAGAAAUCAAAGCAAUGUCUCAGUUUAAGAACUACUCACCUGGUGACCCGACGAGUAGACUGUACGUCAAGAACCUCUCACGACAGGUUGAGGAUAAGGAUUUAAUGUACGUUUUUGGAAGAUAUGUGGAUUUUAGUGUUGGAGAACAGAAGGACAGAUUUGACAUCCGCUUGAUGAAGGAGGGGCGGAUGAAAGGUCAAGCGUUCGUGACUUUACCGAGUGAAGAAAAGGCUAAACGAGCUCUACGUGAAGUCCAUGGCUACAUGUUACAUGGAAAACCUAUCGUUAUUCAAUUCGCUCGGUCAGCCAAAGCAAAGGAGGCCAAGUAGUUAAACCAAUUAUCAUCUGCAAGGACACCACACUUAAGUACUAAAUGGAAAUAUAUUUUUAUUCAUAUAACAAAGGAAAUGUAAAUAUGUAUAAAGCAUUAAAGAAUUUAUUUAUAGCA